AAACCCUCAGGGAGUCAGUCCCUGGAAUGUUACAGAGUUGAUAUAUGGGACCGUGGGUAUUCGGUUUCGCAUGUCUGCACGCCGUUCUCAGUCACUCUGGCCGUACCUGCGUCGCUGCAGCGGUAGAAGCAUCUGGGGAUUUGCAGCGCAUGCUCCCGCCGACCCCCUUCGCUAGUCAAGGAUCUACGCCAAGGCUCCAGACGGGUUAGCUCAGCUGUCCAAGGGUGAAGGAUGACCGCAACGCACGCGAACCCGGCUUUUGCGCUGGCACGGUGGCUCGACGACACUAAACAGCAGCUGGGAGCACCUGACACGCACCACACGCACACGCAUCCGGGUGAUGAGUUUCCCCUCCGCACACUGCCCUCACUGCCCUCCGACUCCAGUCUCUCCGACGGCGAGGACGGCUUCACCGACGUCUUGCGCCCAGCCAACCUAGCGUGCCUGCACCCUCCCACACCGACUAUGGACCCGGCCACCACGGCCACGAACGCCCGACGACGCUCAUCCUCCCUGCUCGGCUCCGUGCCGACCUCGAAGAAAGACCCCAAGCACCGCAGACGCCGCUCCGACCACAUUGCAGAAGAAGAAGGGGAGGACACGUCCGACGCUGACCCCUCGCCCUCGGACUCGGACUCGCACAGCGACAGCACCGACUUUGAGCUGGGCGACAUGAGCGGAGACGGCCUCGAGGAUGACGAGGAGACGGGGCUGACACAGAGAGACCGGCGGAGACGGCGGCGGCGGAAGAGGAGGAACACGCUGCUGGACCAGCGCAUUGUGCCCGAGAUCACGUACACCAAGGAGGAGAAGAAGAUGGCGGACCAGAAUCUGAUGCGGUCGAUGAUGGUCAACGGGGUGCUCAUUGGAUUAUGGUACCUCUUUUCGAUAUCCAUAUCCGUGUACAACAAGUGGAUGUUCAAGGAAGAAAAGGGCGACGGCGAGACCAAGAACAUCUUUCCCUUUCCCCUAUUUACAACGUGUCUUCACAUGAUUGUCCAAUUUUCGCUCGCGACGCUGGUGCUGUUCAUGGUGCCCUCCCUUCGGCCGCGACACGACUCUCUCAACCCGCAUGCUGCGGGCGGGCGCGUGGAGCCAAUGGACCCCAAGAAACCGCUCAUGACAAAGUGGUUCUAUUUCUCUAGACUCGGCCCGUGUGGUGUAGCGACGGGGAUGGACAUUGGGCUGGGAAACACGAGUUUGAAGUUCAUCUCGUUGACCUUUUUCACAAUGUGCAAGUCGUCUGCACUCGGGUUCGUUUUGAUUUUUGCGUUUCUGUUUCGCCUCGAACAGCCGUCCUGGAGACUCGUCUUUAUCAUUCUAAUCAUGACACUCGGCGUUGUCAUGAUGGUGGCUGGUGAAGCUGCCUUCCACGCCCUUGGUUUCAUCCUCGUUAUGGCGUCCGCCUGCGCGUCCGGCUUCCGCUGGUCUCUCACACAAAUCCUCCUCCUCCGCAACCCCGCAACAGCGAACCCAUUUUCUUCGAUCUUCUUCCUCGCCCCUGUCAUGUUUAUCAGCAUAUUCGCACUCGCGGUCCCCGUAGAAGGGUUUUCCGCGCUUGGCGACGGUCUCACACAGCUCUUCGACGCCAGGGGCAUCGCUUUCGGUAUCGGCAUUCUCGUCUUCCCUGGCAUCCUUGCAUUCCUCAUGACGGCCUCGGAGUUCGCGCUCCUGAAGCGUACGUCGGUUGUCACUCUGAGCAUCUGCGGCAUCUUCAAGGAGGUCGUCACCCUUAUCACCGCGAACCUCGUCUUCGACGACCCACUCACGCCCAUCAACCUCACAGGGCUUGUUGUCACGAUUGGUAGCAUUGCAUUGUACAACUACAUGAAGCUGAAGAAGAUGAGGGAUGAAGCUCUUAUGAAUGCGCAUCUGCAGGCCCAGGAUAUCUACGCGCCUGUCGACACUGCGGAUCCAGAUCGCGAGGGCAGAGGUGGUAGUACGCAAGCUUCUGGUGCGAAUACUAGAGGCAUGGUUAGGAACAGUUUGCAGCUUGCGCCGGGCAUUAGUGCGCCGCCGAUGAUUGACAGCCCGGUGAGGGCGAGCCCUAUCAAGAGGCCGGAGGAUGUGGAGUGACAAGACCACCACCACUACCAUAUCUGGUUGUCUUUUUUUCUUCCUUUCGUUUGUUGUACGCGUAUAUAUCGAAGUAGUUUCUGGUUGCAUGUUGAACUGCAUUGUUGGCGUCCUUCUUCUUCUUUUUUAUAGGCGGGUGGCUUG